AUGGCAGCCGACAACAAGCCUGCCAGUCUUGCGAGCAAUGACACCAACCUCUCUCCCACAGAGCGGGAGGUUUCAGAAAAGGCAAUCUCGACAGACUCGGAUCCUGAAGCACAGCGAGGAGGAGACUCUGUGCCAGUGGAUCCCAAGUCUCCCCCACGAGAGAUUACCGGUUGGAAAUGGUUCCUAGUCGUGUUGUCCAUUUACAGUUCGCAAUUCCUCUUCGCCCUCGACAACACCAUUGUCGCAAAUGUGCAACCCGUCAUUGUCGGCCAUUUCAACUCCGUCGAAAAGCUGCCAUGGAUCAGCGUCGCCUUCCUGAUUGGCGCGGCCGGGACGAAUCUGAUCUGGGGCAAAGUCUUUGGUCAGUUCAACGCAAAAUGGACUUAUAUCCUGUCGGUUUUUGUCUUUGAAGUCGGAUCAGCCGUCUGUGGCGCUGCGCCCAACAUGAACGCCUUGAUCAUUGGCCGUGCCAUUUGUGGCGUGUCGGGAUCGGGUAUGUACGUCGGACUCAUGACCCUCCUGGCGGCCACAACCACCAUCCAGGAGCGACCCCUGUACGUUGGUGGAGGAGGCUUCAUCUGGGGUGUCGGCACCGUCCUGGGCCCUAUCAUCGGCGGCGCGUUUACUGACUCGUCUGCCGGCUGGCGGUGGGCGUUUUACAUUAACCUAUGCGUCGGCGCCGUCUGUGCCCCAGUCUACCUCUUCUUGCUUCCCAACAAGGAUCCCCGCCCCGGCGUCAGUCUGCGGGAGCGCGCCAACACAAUGGACCAUAUUGGAGGUAUCCUCACCAUUGGCGCCAUGGUGACUGGAGUCAUGGCUGUGUCGUUCGGGGGUGUGAUGUAUCCCUGGAAUUCGGGGCGGAUCAUCGGGCUCUUCUGUUGCUCGGGGGUACUGUUCAUCCUGCUCGGCCUGCAGCAAGUCUUCACUAUCUACACAAGUGUCGCCCACCGCGUGCUCCCUGUAGAGUUCUUCAAGAGUCGGACCGUGUUGAUUCUGUUCGCCGCAACCGCCGCUGGUGGGACGGCCAUUUUCGUCCCCGUCUACAUGGCCCCGCUGUAUUUCCAGUUCACCCGCGGCGACUCGACCCUGGAAUCCGGCGUCCGUUUGCUGCCGUUCAUCGUUCUGAUGAUCGUCGCUGUCAUGGCCAACGGCGCACUCCUCUCCAAAUUCGGGAUGUACAUGCCGUGGUACCUUGUCGGAGGUAUUCUGGUAGUCAUCGGCGGCGCCCUGAUGUACACCGUCGGCCUCCACACAUCGGUGGCACAUGUGUACGGCUACACCAUACUCAUUGGUGUUGGCGUGGGUUUCUUUGCCCAAGCAUCAUUCUCCGUCGCGCAGGCCACCGUGGCCCUGGAGCUGGUUCCCUCUGCCGUGGGUUUUAUUUCGCUAGCGCAGAUUACGGGAAUCACCCUGGCCCUCGCCAUCGCCAACGCAGUGUUUUUCAACGAAAGUGUGAGGUCCUUGAGGACGAUUUUACCUGGAGUGGAUCCCGAGCAAAUUAAGGAUACGAUUUCAGGCACCCGAUCCGAGUUUUUCCAGAGUCUCGUGCCAGGCGUCCGCGAGCAGGUGCUGGAAGCGCUUGUGGACGCCCUCAGCAAGUCUUAUAUCCUGGUCAUGACUGCUGGUGCGUUGGUGGCUGUGUUGAGCCUCCUGAUGAAGCGCGAGAAGUUGUUUCUUGCUCCUUCCGGAGGAUCUUGA